AUGAAAUGUUUCGUGUAUGGUAAUGUUAAUAGGUGUAGAUUGUAUGGAAUUAAGAGAGGAAGAGGUAUAGUGCAAGUAAGUAGUGUUUAUGCUCGAAGUAGAGGGAAAAUAUUUCAUCAUGGAUUUACAUCUAUUAGUAAAGAAUCUAAGCAUGAAGAGAAGGUAAUAUACAAAGAAAAGAGUAGGAAAAAUGAGUCCAACGUGAAUGGUAACUUCAGCAUAUGGAAUAAUCUGAAUAGAGAAAAUGAGAAGAUCAACAUACAUGACAACACUGUUGAAGAUUCUAUACAUGUGCAAAGACAAAAAGAGUUUUUACAUAAAUUUGAUGAAGAAAACUGUGAACACGAGGAGAACAGUUCUGUCAAAAUAUUAAACAAAAAUCAUGUAUCAGAAAAUUCAGAUUUUUUACUAUGCAAUGAGAAAUAUGUAAAUUUUAUUGAAAAUUAUAACGAGAAAAAAAAUAAGGAAAAAAAUAUGGAAAAAACGAAGAAAAGCAACAGAUUCAGUCAAACCCUUCCCUUUUCUUUAGAGGAAAAUGAAAAAAGUCUUUGGGAAAUUUUAAAGGAAAAAGAAGAUUAUAUUAAAAAUAAAAAAAAAGCAAUAAAUUAUCAGAAGAAGUUAGAUCACAAAGUCGAUAGAGAAUAUGAAAAAAUACAAAAAGAGGAAAAGUAUGUUAAAUCAUCUAAAAUGAAAGCAGCCCAAAAGAAAGCAGAUCCUCUAAAGGCAAAUAACCAGAGUCAACAUAGCCAAAGAUAUAAACAAAAACAAAAUGCCCAUCGUCAGGAAGCAUACGAUGACAUAGACAGAUUCUUAACAGAUGAUAAAACUUAUGUCAACCAUAUCAAGUCUUACGAUGAGAUAUAUACAGAAUCAAGUGCCCAUAAUUAUAAACACAGGGGGAAGGAAAAGCUAAUUGAUAAUGAGGCCAAAUCGGAACAAUCUAGUCAUAUAAACCAAGAUGAAAUAAACAAUUCGGAUAUGAACGACUUGAAUAUAAAUAAUAUAAUUUGUGAAGAACUAGAGAGAACUACUCUCUCAUGUGAUCUUAACCCGCGUUACACUGAAAUGAGGAAUAAAAAACUCUCAAGUGAAUUUUUGAUUAAUGAUUUGGAGGUUACUGGGGAUUUCAAUUCAGCAGCAUGUCCGGGUAAAGACUCUCUUUUUGUGGAUGAGGUGGACGACAUCACUGCGAAGAAGUGCAUCUCGAGGUUGCAGAGUUCGCGACAGUCUGAUUCUGCACAUGCGAGAAGCAGCAAAAAGGAGGAUCAAUUGGGAAUUCGCAAACUUGCUUCAUCUGCCGAACCCGCUGCAUCUACUGAACCUGCCACAUCUACUGAACCUGCCACAUCUGCCGAACCUGCCACAUCUGCCGAACCUGCCACAUCUGCCGAACCUGCCACAUCUGCCGAACCUGCCACAUCUGCCGAACCUGCCACAUCUGCCGAACCUGCCACAUCUGCCGAACCCGCUGCAUCUACUGAACGUGCCACAUCUGCCGAACCUGCAACAUCUGCCGAACCUGCAACAUCUGCUGAGCGCGCGCUCAUCGAGGUAACCCCAGCAGAUGUCGUGGAGCAGCUGGGGGGCGAAAGCCUGAGCGCGAUUAUCGACGGAAAUAUAGACAACCUAAUAAUCCAAAGAGAAAUAAAAAAGGAAAAAACAGGAAUGGGGAUAUUAAGCGUGCUGUAUAAUAACAUAGACAAUUGUGAUAACAUAAACCUGAGCAGCGCUAUGAUUAAAAUGUCGAAGGUAUUGGAUUCAUACCAAAAGGGUUGUGUAACGAAAAACUACAUGUAUGUAAAUAUUUUAAAAAGAAUAGAAGAAAAAUUACCAUCUUUUGAAAUAUCUAACCUUGUACAAAUAUUUUAUGCAUUUGUCAAAAUUGAGCAUUUUCCAUAUUUCUUUAACGAUAUAAUAUAUUAUAUGAACAUCAAAUUAAAGCAUGCAGAACCGAAACACAUAUGUAGCAUUUUGUACACACUCAGUAACAUCCUAAUUGAAACGAAUGAAAGUAGAAACUUUAAAAUGAAGGUUAUCGAUAUGGUAAAGACGGAGAUAAUAAUAUCCCCAAAUCUGCAACUGAACGAUGUAAUUUCUUUACUUACAUCUUUGUCAAAAUUAAAGUAUAAAGAAGUAAACAUAUAUUAUGAAUUAUCCAAAAAAAUCGAACAGAAUCUAGACCAACUGAACAUUAGAAACGUGAGUAAUAUUUUAUGGGCAUUUAGUCACAUUAAUUAUACUACUAAUUUGAUAAAAAGAGUAAAAAAAAUUAUUGAAAAAGAUAUACAUAAAGCAAAUUAUGUAGAUAUAGUAAAUAUUAUUUAUUCUCUAACCAAGUUAAACGAAUAUGAUGAUUAUUUAUACACAGAUAUAUUUUACAAUGCAGUUAACGUAUAUUUACAUCAUAUGAAUGUAAAAAAUCUAUGUAUCAUUUUAUGGUCUUACACAUUUGCAGAUGUACAUAAGCCAGAUUUGUACAUAAAUAUAUUAACAAAACUUAAUGAUAAUAUGAAACAAAUUAGCACAAAAGAUAUUGUUUCCAUUUUAACUUGUCUUAGUAGAAUACAGUUUAAUUAUAAAUACAAACACCUUUUUCUUUUCUUAAAAAAUAAAGUGAUAAAAAAUUUAUAUGCAUUUACUCCUCUACAACUUACAAACGUUAUCUAUCAUUCUUCAUUUCUAGAAAUAAAUGAUCAUAAGUUUUAUUAUUUAAUAGUACAACAAUUAUUCCAAAUCAGACAUCUGUUGUAUCUUGAAAAUUUAACUCUCAUUUUAUAUGCACUAAAAAAUGUAUGCUAUUUAAAUGUUCAUAAUUUAGAUGUUUUUAAAUUAAUCUCUCAUAUUCUGCAAAAUGUAAAGAAAAAGUAUAAAUUAUUAUGUGGAGAAGAUUGUGUAAACAUUAUGCUUAUUAUCAAUGAUUUGAUGAAAUACACUCAUCAUGGAUACCUUACAACUCCCACUCCUCACACCAAUGCAAUCAACACAAAUCAUGAAAUCUCGUUAAAAAAUCGUGAAGUAAUAUCUACCAAUCCGAUCCUUCACACCGAUACAAAUUUUUCGUCAGAGAAAUAUAUUGACAUAUUUGAUGAUAAUGUUAAACUUAACCAAUUGCAGCAUCCCUUCAUGAGCAAUAAUGAAGAAGAAGUGUACCUACCACAAAUUAACGAUCUAUUAUAUGAACAAAUAAAACUACGUUUACAUAACUUCUGGCAGUUAAACAUAAAGGAUGUAAACAAUUUGUUAAUCAUUAUGAGAGAUCAAACUAUGCAUGAUGAUGUCAUAUUAAAUAUGAUUAUGAGACAAAUUAUUCCUAUAUUGCUAAAAAGUAGUAAUAUGGAAUUUUUAAUUUUCUUAAGUAAUAUUACAGCUAAUAAAUACAUGAAAUUUAUAACUUUAACACAUAUGUCUCGAAGACCAAAGUUGAUUAGUCUCUUUAAAAAAAAAAUAAACUCUAUAACUAGCUCAAUAUUAAAUAAUUAUGAACAACAAGAAGAUUAUUACUCUUCAAUUCCUUACAUCAACAGUGCAAAUUGUAGUGCUGAAGAUACAACACAUGGUUCCACAGGUAUCACGUCAUUUGAAUCCGAAACUGAACCUACCAGAAAAAACGAGACAGACUUAACAGAUAUUCAAAAUUUCCAAACAAAAAUGAACACACAGAAUAAUGAGCGAAAAAAUAGGAACUCCUUAAAAGACGAACAACUUAACCCAGAUGUAGUGGAAAAAAUCGAAAUUGUAAAAAAAACAUCAACUCAUUUAAUUUAUGAUAUUCCAAAAAGGGUAACCAACACAACAGUAGAUCUCAACAGCUGUGUUGCAUUAUGCUAUGCAUGUUUUAACAUACACUAUGAGGAUGAUAACAUCCUUAAAAUGUAUGAUAUAUUGGAACACAUGAUCGUAGAAGAGAAAAAACCUAUCAAUUCCUUCAUGUUAAUAAAUUUCAUAUACAUUUUGGCAUUAACAAAUAAUAAAAUGGAACUUGUUUCGAAGAUCUCGCAAGAAUACAUGCACCACAGAUAUGCAAAUGAUAUAGAGAAAAAUUAUUCACAAAAAUCUGAAUUGGAAAAAAUGUCAAUACCCACAUCUAGCGAAGAGGAAAAUGCAUUUUUAUCAAAUUCUAGCCAGAAGAACCCAAGCACGAAAGAUGAAUUUUCAAGAAAUCUCAUUAAAAAAAAAAAAAAAAAUUUAAACAUAUCUUUUAAUUUGUUUUAUGAGGAAAAUGAUAAAUUACGGUUCUAUGUUCAAAAGGGAGAUGAAGAGACUUGUUUGAUUCUGCUAAAAUUGGUAUACGUUAAUAUUUUACUGAAUCAGUAUAAAUUUCUGUACAAUAUAUUAAGCGAAAUUUGUACUUAUUCUGAACAGGUAUAUACGCACGAGUUUACUAUGCUAUCGAAACAAGUCUGUUAUCAUAUUUACAAUUUCGUGAAUUUUUUUUCCAAAAAUAAAGAACAGAAGUAUCUUUGGAAUAAGGUAGCACACAAUGUGUACAUCAAUGAUGAACAUAUUUAUUUGGAUUUGGAUUUUGAACCUACAAACGUAAAUAUAGAUAUUAUCACAGAUGUAGAUACGAGUCCGCAAGGUCAUCAUGACAAUUUCAAGGAGAAAAAUUCUGCCGAAUUUACAUAUAUGCAGAUGAAAGAGGAAAGGUCCAGUACAUCACCACAAAAUGAAAAAAUAUCCAGAUCGUUUGAUAAUAAUCUGAAAAUAGCCAAGUUCUUUUACUACAUCCUAAACUAUAACAUGGAACACAUGAAUAACCGAAAUGCCAAUUCCUUUACUUCAAGAGAGGAGCGGAAAAAGAUCAAGAUGUUUCAUUUUGAUCAUGUCAUAAGUGAUAUCCUAAAUUUUCUGAACAUACAAUACAAGGGAUCCUAUACACAUGAAAAUAUUUACAAAGUUUGCUGUGCCUUUCCCUACGAGAGACAUUUGAUAGACUUAAUAUCAUAUGAGGAUGUUUUGUACCCCUCACACAGGCCGCUACUGUCAGCGGAAUUGCGUCAGAAACAACUGGCCUUAAAGGGAUGGACUGUACACACAAUCAAUUUUCGAGAUUUAUACAACAGCGUAAAAGACAAAAAUGUUAUUUGUUACAUUUUCAAUAUUGUAAAGAAGAUAAAAAGAGAUUUACAAGAAUUACCAGACAAUGAGAAAAAAAUGGAAGAAAAAAAAUUCUGGGAAAACCUACAAUAUGCAAACAUUUAG